AUGGUGAUAUGUAAGCCCAUAGAACCAGCUAACCUGAAGAAGGGCCUGCCAGUGCGAUGGAAGGUGGUACGACAGGGCCAAAACAAAAGCGGUGCGGAGGCUAAUCAAGAGGAAGAGCUGGAGGGCAUGGAGGAUGACUGGCAGAUGGUGUCUGAGAAGAUGGCUGAUCUCAAUGUGCUUGAUCAGAACAAUGGAUUAUAUUACCAGAACGAGUACUUUCUGGUGGUGCUGUAUGACUCAUGGGCAGUUUUCCAACGAGUGAAGCAGAAACAGUACCGUGUACUGUACAAGUCCCCGUUCUAUGGCGAUGCCGACGAUCAGAUGUUCCGCAUUGUGGCCGAGUGCACGUCACUUGAAGAAGCGACCAAGGACUUUGAGGAGUUGAGCACCAAGCUAAUCCCCAUUCUCAGAGAAGACCCCACGCGCGGACGAUUCAUCACUCAGCUGGUGGCUUCCAUUCUCAAGCCAGAGAAGGCGGCUCAACUCAGACAGAACACGAUGGAGGCCAAAACCCUGGGACCGUACUUUGUCAAGAAGGUGCUGGGUAUGGGAUCGUUCGGUAAAGUGAAGUUGGGCAUCCACCGCCAGACCAAGGAAGAGGUGGCCAUCAAAAUGGUCAGCCAUGACAGCGUGGAGCACGUGGAAACCAAUAACAAGGAGAUUGCAAUCUUGCAAUCGCUGCACCACCCCUUCGUCAUCGGAGUGAAGGAGGUCAUUCAGACGCGCAAGUACAUGUGCAUUAUUCUCGAGUUUGCCAAAAACGGAGAUUUGCUGGAAUAUCUUAACAGUUUCUGGGACAGAUGUCUCACUGAGGUCGAGGCACAGCGGGUGUUCUUUCAGAUAUCGUCGGGUGUGUCUUACCUACACGACCACAAGAUCAUCCAUCGCGACCUCAAACCAAACAACGUGCUCAUGGACGGCAACAACAACUGCAAGCUCUCAGACUUUGGCCUCUCUAAGAAGCUCAAUGAGACGGAUAUACUGACCACAGCGUGUGGCUCGCCCAUCUAUGCAGCUCCUGAGUUGCUGACGCGACAGUACUUUGGCCGUCGAGUGGAUGUGUGGUCUCUGGGAGUCAUUCUCUUUAACAUAGGCACAGGUAAAAUGCCCUUUGGAGUGGAUGCGUCGUUUAGCAUUCCAAUGAUUUACGAACACAUAAAUCGCGCGCGCAGUUUCGGCAUCCCUGCGUCGUGCAAGAUGGGUCCUGGGUGGCAUGAGUUGAUUGAGAUGACGUUGGAUGUGGAUCAGGAGCGUCGUGCCACUAUGGCUGAGAUACUCGACCACUCGUGGCUCAUCAGACAGCGCCAGAAGGACAUCGCACAGCCCUCCAACUUAGACUCAUCAGCCGCCCGGCGGAGGCAAUACCAACGCGACGCAGAUGCCAUGGUAGGUAAGACCCUCUAUGAACUGCAGGACGUGCAGGAACUCAUCAACAGCCCCGCCGGCCAAACGGUCAAUGGGUGGCGGCGCCUGCCCCAAAAACAGGACACCAAGGACAGGACCGGUGUGGACGUGUUUGUCCCGACAGCCGAGCCCCCGCGCAAAAAGGGCGAACUGCCCAGGAGUGUCAUACACUUUGCGGCGCAGAGUCUGGUGGUGGGCAAGAUGAAUCUGCUGAUGCAACGGUGGGGCACGUGGGAGAAGCUGGUAGAGACACUCUUCACAGACACCAACAAGAUAGAGAUCUUGGACGACGACGACUACAUCGGCCGAUGGGCGGAUGUGCCAGAGACAUGCCACGACAGAGUACCACGCGACAUGGUCACCCUCAACGCACGCAGAGAUAUACAAGAUGUUGGCGUUCUCUUCGCAGCCACAUCAACCGUCCACCACAGCUCACAUGCGUGCGAUGGCUAUGUCAGAGCUAAAGUGGGCCAUUCCAGUUGGCUGUUUGAGCCUGUCAGUGACAACAGCGUACUCAUCACAACUGUCCAAGAGAUUGAUCUAAUGGGCAAUGUAGAUCCUGCAUGGAUUGAUGAGGUGCUACACACACGACCAACCAUGCAAUACGACAGCUAUGUCUUCUUAUACUAUCUUUUGAUAUAGCUGUCUUCUUAUACUAUCUUUUGAUAUAGCUAUAUCUUCUUAUACUAUCUUUUGUUAUAUUUGUGUAUUCAUUUUCAGCCAUUGU